AUGGCGCAUUCUAGGACGUCGACGCGUGCUACUGCAGCCUUCGCGGGUCUGCUGGGUCUGCUGAUAAUACUCCAAAGCUGGCAGACGGUCUUGGCGCGAACCACCGACAACGUUGUGGAGCAUCUCGGUGUUCGAAGCGACCUACAUUUCCCACUACACGCGAGGGCUACCAAUCUUGAUGGUUCGCUCCCUAUCUACAAGAACCCGAAUGCGCCCAUCGAAGAUCGAGUGGACGAUCUUCUGCUCCGAAUGACCCUCCAGGAGAAGGUCGCUCAAUUAAUUCAGGGUGAUCUCGAUGGGUGGAUGAAUCUCACCGAUCCAAACGACGACACGAAGACGUACAAUGCGUCCGGCCUCGUUGAGGAGCUCACGUACAAAGCUGGUGCAAUCUGGGGCGGUUAUCUCAUGCCUUGGGACAAAUGGGUAUAUGGCAUCACAGUCGGGCAGCAGUAUCUGAUGGAGAACACCACCCUUGGUAUACCCGGGAUCGUUCAGUCGGAAGGCCUGCAUGGCUUCACGAACAAUGGCACUAUCUGGCCCUCACCCAUCGGCCUUGCAGCCUCGUUCAACCCACCUCUCCUCGAAGCCGCUGCAGAGACCAUCGGCUCUGAAGCAGAAGGCUUGGGCUUCCAUCAGCUCUUUGCCCCGGUUCUCGACCUCUCGCGUGAGCUCCGGUGGGGGCGCGUCGAGGAGAACUUCGGGGAGGAUCCCUUCCUCACGGGGGAGAUGGGCGCCGCAUAUGUGCGAGGAGUGCAAACCGGUAGGAGAAGGAAUACGAGCGACACAGCUGUCGCGCGGAUCGCGGCAACCUGCAAACAUUUCACCGCCUACGGGUCACCUCAAGGAGGCUUGAACUUGGCACAAGUCUCGGGCGGUGAACGUGAACUCCGCACGUACUAUCUCAAGCCUUUCGACCGCGCCUGUGCAGCGAGCAACCCUGCCAUCGAGGGUGGAUCGACAGCACUGAGCCUUAUGAGCGCGUAUGCGAGCUACGACGGCGUCCCUGUUAUCUCGAGCUACCAUAUUCUCACCGAGAUUCUGCGGGAAGAGUGGCAAUACCCCUACUUUGUCACUACAGACGCGGGCUCACCCGACCUGCUCAUGACAUGGCACUACACAUGUGCGGACCGAGAGUGCGUCGCGCAGCAGACGCUCGAGAAUGGGUUGCAGAUGGAGAUGGGCGGUGGGACGUACACUUACUUGACUCUGCCUGACCAAGUGGCUGCAGGAACUGUAAACGUGAGCUAUAUCGACGAGACGGUCAAGACAGUGCUGAGGACCAAGUUUGCGCUGGGAAUAUUCGAGAACCCGUACCCGUACGCUGACUACCUGUCAACGCUGCGCACGCCAGAGACGCGUGAAAUCUUGCACCAGAUGGAGCAGGAGCAAAUCGUACUCCUCGAGAACCGUAACAACGUGCUACCUGUUAGCAAGAACAUCAGCUCAAUUGCUCUGAUCGGUCCACAAGUCAACCGCGUCACCUUCGGCGACUACGUCUUCCACAACGCAACCCUCAACGCACUCACGCCCCUCCAAGGCUUCACCUCACUUCUCGCCAACACCUCCAUCUUCCCGUCCGACCCGCCCACGCUCAACUUCGCGCAGGGCUGUGAGCUCUGGUCGAACGACGAGUCGCAAUUCCCUGAGGCCAUCGAGGCGGCGGAGGCGUCCGAUGUCGCGGUCGUCAUGGUCGGCACGUGGAGCCUCGACCAGACGCUCCUGUGGGAGCCGGGCACGAACGCGACGACGGGCGAGCAUGUCGAUUUGAGCAGCUUGGCGCUGGUAGGAGCACAGAGGGCGUUGGUCGAGGCGGUGGUGGGGACUGGUAAGCCGACGGUGGUGGUGUUUGUUAGUGGGAAGCCGGUGGCGGAGCCGUGGAUCGCUGCAAAUGCGGAUGCAGUGAUACAACAGUUUUACUAUGGCGAACUCGGUGGGCUUGCUAUCGCCGAGAUCGUCUUUGGAGUGGCGAACCCGUCUGGUAAGCUCCCUGUGUCGUUCCCGCAGAGCGUCGGCACUGCACCCGCGUUCUACAACUACUACAAGGACGGACGACCAGUCGAUGCUGGCUACGUGACACCGAACGGAACUCUUGUCUUCGGUCAUCAGUAUGUUCUGGAUACACCGCAGCCGAUAUGGAGCUUUGGCCACGGGCUAAGCUAUACGACGUUCAAUUAUACGAAUCUGGAACUCUCCUCGUAUGCUAUUGGGACGACGGAUGACUUCAAUGUCACGGUCAGCGUCGAGAACACGGGUGGUGUGGACGGAAAGGAGGUCGUGCAGGUCUAUGUCACUGACCAGGUCAGCUCCGUUGUGACCCCGAACCAAUUUCUGGCCGGCUUCACCAAAGUGUUCAUCCCUGCGGGCGGUUCGGAGACAGUGACGAUGCAGAUCAACUCGACGCAGCUCGCUCUAUGGUCGCUCGAUAACCGGUACGUCGUCGAGCCGGGAAAUUUCACCGUGAAGGUGGGCACGUCCGACACGACGUACCUGAACACGACGCUUCUUGUGACCAACUCGUGA